AUGGCCCCUCUGUCGGGGCUCUCCGGGUCUUCGCGCGUGCUCGCCGCAGAUCCCGUGGUGGGCGCGCCGAAGAAACCCAGGUUGAACUGCGCCGCAACUCCCGUUCAUUCAUUGCAGUCGGCCGAAGAGAAAGAACGUAGCAAGUGGGCAGAUCGCCUACGGAUCAUCGCUGGCAAGGCCGGGGCGCACGCCGAGAUCAACCGGUGUGUGCUGGGCGGUGAUGCCAGCGCUCGUGAUGAGCGAGCGUUGAGGUCUCUGGUUUUUCAAACUGGGGCAUUUCGCACGAUCCGUCAGAACGUGCUAGUGUGGGAGAAGAUGGAGCGAUGGGCGCUAGAUCACAGCUGCACCGUCUACCCCCUCACCACUGAGGUUGGGGCCUUGAUCGAAAAGGUCUAUACCGACCGAGGCAAGGAGCUCAAGGAAGCGCCGCCCGUUCCGAUGCCGGUGGUGCUAGCUCUCGAGCAUCUUGUGGAAGUCCUGAUCAGUGAGGGAAAGAUCCCAGCAGCCGUUUUUGUUUGGUGGGCGCAAAUUUUAAUUUACGCGUCGCUCAGAUGGGACGACGGUAAGCGUGUGGCGCCCACAUCUCUGAAUUUCACGUCAGAUGCUUUGCUCGGCGUGAUCUGGCAAACUAAGGUAGAGCGGAGAAGAAAGGGCACGAGAUUUGCCGUGCCGUUCUGCUCUCUCUCUGGUGUGCCAUGGCUCGAGCUAGGCUGGCGAGUUUUUCAGGAUUUUAUCGAUGAUCGUGAUUUCUUCCUUUGGGAUCUCUCUAGCGAAACCAAGUUCGACAGCGUUCCAAUUUCAUACCCGCGAAGUGCCAUGUGGCUGCAAUUCUUUUUGCCACGGGCGCUCGAAGUCGCCUGCCACGAUCGUGUCCUGACACCGGAUCAGGUAGAGGACCAACCAGAGGUGGUCGAGCCCGAGAUUCCGGAAUUCGUCGUUCGCUCGACCUUGCCCUCGAAGGUCCGCAAAGAGGCAGAGAGCCAAUCCGACAAGGUCGAACACGUCGACAAGUCAGCAGCCUCUCCCAGCAAAAAGAAGAGGAAGCGCCAGAUCGAGCGCCUGCGAGAGCAGCUCAAACAGAGCUCAGCCAAAGGGGCGAAGGUCGAUCGCCCUACCCCUCCGGACAAAGACAAGCGAAUCCCGUCGUCGGAGUGGCAGAGCAUCACCACAGGCAUCUCCGCCUCUCUGACAGAUCCGGAGUGGAAGUGGGGCUCUAUGGCAGUGCCCAAGUCGGGCAAGUUUUUCCUUGAGGUUUUUGUAGGAGAGGCAGUUUUGACCAGGGCUAUGUCAGCUCUCAAUUUUCCAGUUCUACCACCCAUUGAGCUCACUCCGCAUGAGUUCGUCCGCCAGCCAACUGAUGUCACAGAUGCUGCAGUCGUAGCUCACGUCCAGUUGCUGAUGGAACAAGGGUUCAUCUUUUACAUCCAUUUUGGUACUCCGUGCUCGUCAUUUAGCCUGGCACGGAAAAACGAUGGGGGCCCUCCUCCGCUGCGCUCGCAACGGGCGUUGUGGGGUCUGCCUCAUCUUUCAGUUCGUGACCAAGCAAAGUUGGAGAUCGGGAACCAUUUGAUGCAGCUCACAGUCAAGUUUGCUCUAAUAGCUCACCGGUCAGGCACUCAUUGGUCCAUUGAAAACCCACUGGGUUCCUACCUGUGGGCCAUGCCGCCAAUGGUUGAGCUCCACAGGCAGACAAGCUCCAAGCGUGUGGAAUUUGACAUGUGCCGUUUCGGCGCUCCACACCUCAAGCCAACCGCUCUGCUUACAUCACUCAACCUCGAUCAGCUAGCACAGCGGUGUGAUCAGCAUGUGCGCCCACACCACCAUGAGGCGCUCCAUGGCACCGUGAUCGUCCAAGGCAAGCAGGUCUUCAGAACCCGCCUCGCUCAGGUCUACCCGGCUGAGCUUUGCCGCCAAUGGGCGGUGGCAGCGGUUCACCCAGAAGACCCCCUGGCUCUCACGUUCACCAUGGUCACCCCAGCCAGCGAGCGGAAGCGUCCGCUCGGACAGCCAGUUCCAUGGCGGCCACACCGGCAACAGCUUACAGCAGAGAAAGCAACUUCAGCCGGCUACCAGCUCAAGCGUUCGGCUUUGCCUCCAUUGCUCGACACCGAGCUGGAACCAGGCACCGCUGUUCAGCAAGCCUUGAAUACAGUUCAUCCUUUUUCCAGAUCCACAGCCAUCGAACCGGAUCUCCAGGAGCCCCUGGCUCUUGCGGUGUACCACCCCGAGUGGCUCCGGACACAACGCGCUCGUGCUCUCCUUCACUGGGAGGCUCGGGCUCACCAGUUGUUGCCCGCCACGGAUGCAAUUCUGCGGGCCAUUCCAGACACCUGGCUCCGCCACUUGCUGCGGGGGGGCCCUGAUGAUCGUCCCCUGCAGCUGGGCAGUUGCACGCAUGUUGCUCUCUGGCAAGCGCUUAUGGUUGAGGCUAGGUCGAUCGACACUGACUUGGUCGCUGAAAUGACAGCUGGCAUGUCUAUUGUGGAGGACAUCCACCCGGCUCAUCGCUGGGCGCCCUACGACAAGCCCCGGGACUGUUUGCCGAUCGACAAGCUUAAGGAGAGG